CAUGCGCCCUGGUUUUAACCUUUUCAAAAUUUGUGGGAGUUGUUUUAUGUUGGUUGGCGUAAUUUAUUUUUAUGUUUAAUGGUGUUCAACUUUAUCUGAGUAAUUCUAAAUGCUCGAUAAAUAAGAGAAAUGACUAUUAAAAUAGAAUCUCUUAAACUUUUUCCAUGGUUUAUGAUAGUUUUGACAAAGUGCUGGCGGUUGCUUUGUUUUAUUGCUACAUUAUUUUUAGUGGUAUACUGGUUAUUUGGAGGAAUUUUAGCUACAGCAAUAUUUAUUUUUACCACAGGAAGUUUUUUUUAUUUUUCUCAAGAUUAUUUACUGUUUCAUCCUAAUGAUAAUUACCAGUCUAGAACAUUUGUUCAGACUCCCUCUGCAUUUGAUCUUCCUUUUCAAAAUGUUUUUAUCAAAAGUAUUGAUGGGACAUUAAUUCACUUAUAUCUAAUAAGACAACCAGAUAAUAUCACAUCUUUAGCUCCUACAAUAGUAUUUUUUCAUGGGAAUGCUGGUAAUAUGGGGCAUAGGUUGCACAAUGCUGCUGGCUUGUAUAGAAAUCUCGGUUGCAAUCUUUUAAUGGUUGAAUACAGAGGAUAUGGUUUAUCAAAGGGAUUUCCUUCAGAAAAAGGAAUAUAUAUGGAUGCUAUGGCAGCCAUGGAUUUUCUCGCUGGAAGAACAGAUAUUAAUCAGGAUAAAAUUAUUAUAUUUGGAAGAUCAUUAGGAGGAGCUGUUGCAAUUGAUCUGGCAUCUAGGCCAGAAUACUCCUGUCGAAUAUGGUGCAUGAUUUUGGAAAACACGUUUACUUCCAUACCUGAUAUUGCUGCAGCACUCUUUAAGAAAUCUUGGUUUUUAUUUUUACCUCUUUUAUUAUACAAAAACAAGGUCUUAUUCUCAAGGAAACAAACUGGGAUAUUGGUUGACACUGUCUCUUCAUUUCAUUGAACAAAUGUUGUUCUUGGAGUACCAAUUAUAAUAAAAGGAAACAUAACACUGCCAACAGCAAUGAAUAAAGUUUGGACGUAUCUAUUUCAAAAAAUCUAUAUUUAGUAGCAAAAAGUAGAUUUUACAUAAGCACCUUUGAAAAUUUCUUCUUCUGAUUUUGCAAAGCCAUUUUCAUUGUAUGUUUGUCGGUUUUAGGUAAAUUUCAAAUAUUUACCACAUAAAAUAAAGUCCUGCAAAAGUAUAUUAAAUAAGAAAAGUCAUCAAAACCAGCCAGAAUUGUGGUUUUCAGUCAAUAAAAAC